GUUCAGUCGGGUUGACUUUUGUAGAAAUUUCUCGAGGCGAUUGAAGCAGUUUCAAACCCGGUGUAAUUUUUCACCAAUUUUCCCCCAUAUAGAGAUACUUUACCACAGUUCUUGUACAUAAAUUCCUUGUGGAGUCGCUGCAGAAACGAUUAAGGAAUGGCAUGCCCAAUUGGUCCGGAGGAGAUAAAGAAGCUCAAGAUGUUCAUUGGCUUCUGCUCACAGAAGCCAGAGAUCAUCAAUAUGCCGCAGUUGAGCUUCUUCAAGGAGUUCAUUGAGAAAAUGGGUGGGAAAGUUCCGGAAGGUGAUGCAAAUUUCGGCGCAGAAGCCCCACCACAGCCACAACCGCAACCAACUGCCAAGCCUGAAACACCACCACCGGCUGAGGAGGAGAGUGAACCCGAAUCGGAUGUGGAAAUUGAUCGUGAGGGUUGCGUUGAUCCCGAUAAGGAUGAACCGCAAGAAAUGGGUGAUUCCGGGAAGGAACCAACAGAUGAGGAAGUUGAUAAGGCCGGUGAGUGCCGGUCUCAGGCUGCAGCAGCAUAUUCGGAGCAGAAAUACGAAGAAGCCAUUGAUCUCUACACGCAGGCAAUUCUUCUAAAUCCCGGAAAUGCCCUCUUCUACGCCAAACGCGGUCAGGCCUUCUUGAAACUCGUGAAACCCAAUGCGUGCAUCCGUGACUGCGAUCGGGCACUCCAGCUCAACUGUGACUCCGCAGCUGCGUACAAAUUCCGCGGAAGAGCCAAUAGACUGCUUGGGAAUUGGGAAGAAGCUGCUCGAGACUUGCGGCAGGCAUGUAAGAUUGAUUACGACGAGGAAGCGGAUGAGUGGCUGCGCGAAGUGACACCCAAUGCAAAGAAACUCGAGCAGCAUCGCAUAAAGCAAGAGCGCAGAAGGGCUGAGAAGGAGCUUCGUGCACGGCAGGAGCGUGUCCGGAAGGCACAGGAAGCCAAUAGGCGUGCUGCCGAGGAGAAUAGGAAUCGCAAUGAUGACAUGGGUGGCGAUGGCUAUCCCGGUGGUGGCUUCAAUUUUGCCGACAGUGACAUCUUUUCGGCUUUCAAGGAUCCCGAAGUGGCGGCAGCCCUGCAGGAUAUCAUGUCCAAUCCAGCAAAUAUCAUCAAGUACCAGAAUAAUCCCAAGAUUGUGGCACUUUUGGAGAAAUUGGGAGCUGCCCAGGGUGGUGCGGGUGGUAUGCCGGGCUUCAUGGGUGGUGGCUUCCCAGGUGGAUUCCCCGGAGCAGGAGCCGGUGGAGCUGGUGGUGCUGCUCCCCCGUCAGCGGGUGAAAGUGCAAAACCACCACCAAAAACGGACAUCAACGAUGAUGGUUUGGAUUAGAUUUUGUGUUCCAGGCGCAAGUUCUCCUUCUCUUUUUUUUACACUCACUUUUAUCCCCUCAAAUUAAAAAGAAAAAAAAUUGAUUUGUAAACUAGACUUGUAAGAGGUUCUCUGUUGAUGCGCAAGAAUGAAGAAAAGAAAAUACAAACAAGAAAUUAAUAAUGUAGCAAUCGCAUAUUGGAAAUCAAUUUGCUAGUUAUCGUGUAUGCUAUUGUCACUUUAUGGAUUAAAAAUAAUAAUUAAUUGAUGAAUAAAACUUAUUCCUGCCCAUUCAUCUCGCCUUCGAUGCCACGCGAGAAUGGCAGUACAACUUAA